AUGCGUAUCCUCAAAUAUCUUUCGGUUCUUGGUACGUUUCCUCAUGUCUUUCUUGAAUUAACUGAUACUGAAGUAAAUGAUUGUUACAAACCAUCGGAUUUAACGAUUGGAAAAACAAUUAAUAUUUAUGGUCGAAGUUUUCUUAUUAAUGAUUGUGAUUUGUUUACAAAAACAUUUUAUACAACAAAUUUUGAUGUUAGUAAUUUUGAAACAAUCAAUACUGAAGAGCUACGUAACGAGUUUUCGAAAAUGGAUAGCUCUCGUGGAGACGAUAAAUUACGUAAAUUCAUCACCAGUUAUUGUCUUAGUGAUGAUACAAUCAGUAUUCAUGAACUACCUCAACGCCAUACAGAUUCUUCAUUUGAACAUCCUCAAUUUUAUAGUCCAGGUGAUUUUUAUAUCGGUGCAACUAUUGAAGUAUUUCAUCAACGUUUUAUUAUCCGUUUAGCUGAUUUAUUUGUAUUAAAAUAUGCUGAACAAUAUCCUGAACAAUUUUCACCGACUGUUAUUGAAUCAUUACGAUAA